ACGUCCGUCACUGUCAACGUCUUCUUGGUCUGCGUUUGGCAGCUGCUAUAUUUUUAAUUUUCUAUUAAGUGUCAAUCUCUUAGAGAAUAGAUCAUAGUCAAUCUCUACCUUGACGUUGGCAAACCAUCCUUUUGCCGAACGAUGGAGCCAUGACACUUAAAAAAACAACGGUAUAGAGCCCGACGAGCUUUCCAUAGUUUUGAAGUUUUUUAUCUUUUGGAAAACGAUGUUUCCCAAUAUUUCGGCACCCGAAAAUGUUACAUUGUUGUAUAUUUUCACAAACGAAUAGUUUCAUAAUGAAAGGAUUAAUAAAGUACUCUAAAAUAAACGUUUUAACCGACAGUAAAAGGCGGCAUACCUCUUGUGUAUCUAACAUACAGUGCUGUACUCUGGCGCGAUAAAUGUGCAUUAAAACUCCCUAUUAGUAGGUACUCCGUGGUACGAAGUACUUAUUAAAUCCAUCCGUGGUACAGAAGAUCUACUACGGGGCCCUUCUAAAUCAAUGUCUAUGGGCAUGUUGUUUUUGUUUGCUUGUGUCAUUGUCAUUAUGUCAUCGUGCGUGUUAAUUUAGAAAUAGUGAACUGAAGAAUAAUUACAAUAACAAUAAAUAGGUUGGUAUCUCUACUCCUGUGCUGUGAUUAUAUUGCUUAAAUUGCUGUAAUACAAUAUUGCAAAAUGAGUAGCACAUCAGAAAAUACUCCAGCAGCCGAAGAGAUGACAUUUGCCGAAAAACAAGCUGAACGUAUGAAGAGAUUGCGCUCUUUACAUUCAGCCAGAAACGAGGCCAGGACACACAAUCAUCAGGAGGUCGUCGCCGAGGAAGCCAGGAACAAGCUGCCUCCUAAUUACGAAGCUAAACGUCGCCAAGCUGAAUGGCUAGUUGACGAUCAAAAGAAACGCGAAGAAGCAGAACAAGAAGGGAAAAACUAUGAUAGAGUGAAACUCCUUAAUAUAUCUGCAACAGAAGCUGAAAGACUUGAACGUAAAAAGAAGAAAAAGAACCCAGACCAAGGAUUCUCGACAUACGAACAAGCAACAGUACGUCAGUAUAACAGACUGGUAAAAAACAUGCCAUCUGCAGAUAUGGAGCAAUAUGAAAAACAAAAACAGAAAUAUGGCGAUGCUUUCUAUGGUGGGCCUAAUGUUAUAAUUCACGGUAUGCACCAAGAUCGCAAGGAGGCUGUGGAUAAAAUGGUGAAUGAUUUAGAGGGGCAGAUAGCUAAGCGUGCCAAGUAUUCCCGCAGACGUAUCCACAAUGAUGAUGCUGAUAUUGACUACAUCAAUGAGAGGAACGCUAAGUUUAACAAGAAGUUGGAGAGAUUCUAUGGUGAACAUACAGCUGAGAUCAAACAAAAUCUAGAAAGAGGAACUGCAAUAUAAGAGUGGUGGGUGUACAGUGAAGUUGAACGUUGUAGUGUUAGAACAGGUAGAAAAGUGGGUGAACAUUGUAGAUAUUUAAUUAUUUUAGGUAAAAAUUAAAUAUGUAUUUUAUAUUUAGAAUAUAAUGUUGUUUCGAAACCUAUGAGAUAUAGCUUGAUUUUUGAGAAUUAUUUUCCAAAUAAUGUGGCAUGCAUUGUCUGUAGCCAUAAUGUUGGGUUGUUAGUUUCAUGUCCAUAAUGUCACUGAAAAAAUUUUGAUUAAAACAAAUAAAUUUCAACAAAUUUCAGUAACAAGUUUAUUUUGAUAAAUGUGCUGAUUAAAUAAAAAUAUUACAUACCACAUUUUUUACAAUAAUGGAUACCAACUAUAAAAGCAUUGAAUACAAAAUUGUACAAAUAAGAUUAUAAGUGCAACAAUUGAGUUAUGUUAUUCAUUAAUUUAACUUGCACCAGUAUAUUGUAUAAUUUUGAUUCAAAUAAAAAAGGCAUUGUUCAUAAUUACUGUGUAAUAUAUUUACAAUAGUCGCAAACAACUUACAUGAAUAGAAACAAAACACAAAAAUUAAAAAUUUUCACUGUUAAAUCUGGAUUUACCAAGUCCUAAGAUAUAAUGUAAUAUAUGGUGCAUAGAAUAGCCGAAUCGGGAACUUGGUCGUUGCCACGGUAUCCACAACUGGAUAAGAGGUGGGAAAGUUAUGUAAAUCUUUUAUGGACCUGGAGAAUUUAAAUUUCCAUUGUCUUUGUAUUAUAGCUCAUACAAAAAAAAAAUCACCAGAGUAAGGAAAUAACUACAUAAAAUAAUCCAAAUUUUUUUCCAUGAAUUUAAAAAAUACAACAAUUUGAUGAAUUAAUAAAAAAAUUCUCUAUAAAUCGUAAGUUGUAUGUGACAUAGUGAGCACAAGUUUCAUAUAUAGAAAUGCUUAUUACUUAAUACAUACAAUAAGGAAGUUAUGAGCUUCGACUAGAAAUCACAGUGUUUUGUUCAUUGAUAUCGUGUUUUAAAAAAAUAUGAAAAACAUAUUCACAGAUCAAGUUUUUGUUUUGCCCAAAAAUAGAUAUGUAAAAAUCUAUAAUGCUUGCAAAAUAAAAUAUAAGUGGUAUUGAUUUAGUUAAUUUGAGUCAAUAUCAAUACACAAUUUUAUAAUAGUUGGGGAACUCAAGAGUGAAUUUCAAUAAAAACUAGAUUGCCUCAGAUAUAGGCAAAGGAUACCUUACGAUCCUGUUGAGUAUUUUCCAUAUGAAAGCCCUCGAUAUAGCACAUUUUUUACGUGAUUCGUUUGAAAAUGUGCUUUUAAGUUUAUUUCAAUAAAGACCUUUAACAGCAAAAAUAUUUUAGUUUGCAUUUACGAAUAUCUAACAUGAGAAUAUUUGAAAGUAUAUAAAUACCUGAUAGAUAUAAGUGAUUUCAGUUUUGGAAAUAAAAUUGGAUUUAAAAUUG